UUUGUGUGUGAUAGGGGUUUAGCCGUUUCGAAGGACUUUAGGUCUGCACCACUCCAAGUUCUGUUUGGUUUAGGACAUUAGGUUUUACAAACCAAAAUUUCUCUUUUUCAAUUUAGGGCUUGUGGUAGGCGGCUAGGGUUUUUGUACCAUAUAUAUAUAUUCUUUACUUCUCCUUUUUCUUAUAUAUAUACCGUAUCUGAAAGUUCUAAGCUUUGAUAUUUUCUUAAAUUUUGAGUUUUAAUUGUUUUAUUCUUUCAAGUUUCGUUUUCAGUCUAGUAUUAGUUUGGUUUGCGUCAUAGGGGUAUUGGUUGUUCGUCUCCAAGCUUCCGUUUACUGAUUUUGUUUUCCGGGUUUUAAAAAUUUUGAUCGGUCUUUGUUAGUUGAUUCUUUUCCUCGACGAGAUUCAAUUUUUACGCAAAGAUUCAUCUGGGUGGGUUAUUUGAAUCUCAGCCCUCAAAAUUAACCAAUAUGAGUUUUCCCAACCCUAGCGCUUCUUUUUUGGCGCCACAGCAACAGCUUUUUUCUGUAGACAGUGAUGCCAUUGGUGUCUGGCCUCAGUAUCAAAUGAAUAAUGAGCAACAAUAUGAGCAGCAUGCGCAAUUUGAUCAACAGCCUCCUUUCAAGAGACCUAGAAACUUUGAAGAGAACCAAUCAAACCCUUCACAAUUUCAUAGGAUGAAUCCAUCUUUAAACCCUCCAAUUAAUAAAGGAACAACUAACAUUUUCUUCAAGACGCGUGUUUGUGCAAAAUUUAAGCAGGGUACUUGUAGGAAUGGUGAGAAUUGCAACUUUGCACAUGGUCUUGAGGACUUGAGACAGCCUCCUCCCAAUUGGCAAGAACUCGUAGGAGGUGGAGGUGGCCGUGUUGAGGAGGAUCGAUCAUCUGGUGGUGGUGGUGGUAAUUGGGAUGAUGAUCAGAAGAUAAUUCAUAAGAUGAAGCUAUGCAAGAAGUUUUACAAUGGAGAGGAGUGUCCCUAUGGUGAUAGAUGUAAUUUUCUUCAUGAAGAUCCUUCAAAGUUUAGGGAUGAUUCAGGGAGGUACAGGGAGAGCUCAGCAAUAAGCAUUGGGACUACAGGGCCACCUGUGGUGCAUGGAGUCAGUUUUAAUCAACCUGAUAGCAAUAGGUCUGUCAACAACACUAGUGUGAAACCUGUAUAUUGGAAGACAAAGUUGUGUUCUAAGUGGACAACAGGUCAAUGUCCCUUUGGAGAAAAAUGUCACUUUGCUCACGGGGAGUCAGAAUUACAGGUAACCAGUGGACGCAUUGAAGUUGAAGCAGGGAAUGCUGGUUUCGUUCCAAUAAAGCCUCAAUUGAUUCCUGUAAAUGAUUCAUCAACCACAGUGAAUAUGCCUACUUUAAGCAAAGAAGGGCAGGGCAAGAACUGCUUAGUCAAGUGGAAAGGACCAAAGAAAAUCAAUCGGAUUUAUGGAGACUGGCUUGAUGAUAUGCCCUUAGUGCACAAUUUGUCAAGUCAAGUGGAGAGCUGAGUUCAAGUAGAAGUUGUAUUGGAAACAUUGGCGAUUCUGCUCUAAUUGAUAAUAUACAAGUCUUUGUUCCAGUUAUUGUCUUAUAGGCAUAUAAGAUUGCAGAUUGUUUUCGCUUGAUGAUAUACCAUAGGUUAAUUUGGUUCAUUGCCUUCUAAUUUUUUCUUCUCUUUUACAGUGUUAUCUCUUCUUAUGAAAGAUAUGUGUAGCAGUUUGGAAUUAGCCAUUGCUUCUUGGAAAUUCAAAUAAGACGUCCUUGAAAUCAAAGUAUGAGUGUGCAUUUCCUGAAAAAGAAAAUUGACUUCUCAUCUAAAUUAUGAUUAUUUUUUUAUGA